CUUGCGCGGCCUCCUUCCAAAAAUCUCCCGAAUCAGAUCAGAUCUUUGAUGAUUUAUUUAUAUAGCAUAGAGAUGGGUCAUACCAAUAUCCUCAUCCACAUUCCAAUCCAUCCAGUAUACGUUCGUCCACGAUGAUCUCAGCAAAGAGACAAGUCUACUCAUGGUACCUCUGGUCCUUGGCCAUGAACCCAUGGAACAGCGUUGCAGUGAGGCAGACUCUGCACCAUGAGAUGCUGUUGCGUCAUAUCUUGCUGACCCGUUACGAUAGGCACCCAUUCUAUCUAUUUUGCUCGAACGUUUUGCUCGUAAUGUCGGAUUCUGGGAUCCAAAUCUCACGCAAUCUUGUAACGAAGAGAUUACCGGACGAGCGGUAUGCAAGAUGAACGUCCUCGGCAUAUGGGUCGAGACGAGUUCCUUUACUCUCUUCAGCCGGUCAUUUGGCAUCAUCACGUCCAUGUUACUGUUGCUUUUGCUGGGUCCGAGACUGAAUCAUCCCAGUUCUCGUAAAUUGGUAUAUUUCAUCUCCAACUUGCUCGCUGGUCUCAGUUCUGUCUUCUUUGGCCUGAUCCCCUUGCUAUCGCCACAUGCUCAGCCCUUUGCGGCUGUACUUUUGACGAUCAUCGCUACCAAUUCAUUCAUAGUCGCCUUCAUGUGCUUCACAUCCUAUCUUCCCAUCAUCGCUCGAUCUGUACACCAGGCUCAUCUGGACGAUUUCCAAAAACUGCCACCUACAGAAUCCGAUCCUCUUCUUUCAAAACCUAUCGAACAAGCGAUAGCUGUCGAAGCCCCGAGCGGACUAUCACUCACCAUAGCGAAGAUCAACUCUGUUUGUGGAGUCAUCGAUUGCGUCAUCAGCGUCGGAUCCAGUCUCCUCUUACAAGUGGUCCUCAGGCGCACAUCCCUCACACCCCUCACUUGUAUCUCCAUCACUGGAGCUUGGUGGAUGGUCAUUUCGACCAUCAGCACGAUCGGUCUACCUGGUUCUGCGGAAGCUGCCAGAGCAGUUGAUGAUCAACCAGUCGACCCGAAACCAAUGAAAAAGCAAUCCACGUUUCAGCUCCUCAGAUCUCUCAAAAGAUUACCUCAGAUGCGCAAGCUACUUGGUGCACACAUCAUCGCCUGUGACUUGAUUAUGAUCGUCCCGGGCGUCUUGUUCCUUUACGCAUCAACCAGAUUGGGUCUCGAAGUCUCCGACAUCUCUGUCAUGAUGAUGUGUGCCUACGCAGGCGCAGGUGUAUGGAUGCCUUGUCAAACUUGGGUUCAAGCGAAGCUGCAUCGGACAAAUCUACAAAUGUUGAUUGCCGGAAUCAUCCUGGCUCUCCUUGCGCCAUUAUGGGGCUCCUUGUCACUGGUCUCUUCAAACUUGGGGAUCCUGAACAAAUGGCACUGCUGGAUUCUCUCCGUUAUCUUCGGAGUCGCGUCUGCUAUAUACGAAACGUAUUCUAGAUCACUGCUGUCAGAGAUGACUCCUCACGGACACGAAACAUCAUUCGCAUCCCUUUACAUGCUCUCUUCACGCUCGACUAGCUUCAUGGGCAACCUCAUACUAGGUUUCAUCUUGCAAGUGACGGGCAAGUACGACUAUGCUUGGGUCUUCUUCGGUGCGAUCAGUAUAAUCACUCUGCCGAUCUUUUUGAGUCUGCGCGUGAACGAAGGGGUUUCAGAGGCACUAGAGUAUGAGACGGAGGAAUCAAAUAACAUCUCCGCGUAGACACAGGU